CUUUAAUUUCUAUUGUUUUGCUCUAUCAGUUUCCUUUGUUUUUUUGUUUUUUAUUUUUUUUUUUACUGUUUCCCACCGCUUGCUGAUAAGAUUGAUCUUCAUCUUCUUUAUUUCCUACUGUUUUGUUCUUAUCAGAUUUUGUUUUUUUUCCUGUUUUCCACCGCUUCAACCACUUGCUGUUUGGGAAAAGAAAUCGGCUGAUGGAUUUAUUUGUGUUAGUGCGUUGAGUACUGGCAAAAGUUGAACCCACCGAGGGUGAAGAAUAUUGUGUAGAAUGGUAUCGCUGGCGAAGAAGAAAAUGAAAGGAACAGUACUAGUUUAUCUCAAUGUUUACGAUUUGAUGCCGAUUAAUGGCUACGCGUACUGGCUCGGCAUUGGGGUCUACCAUUCCGGCGUGCAAGUUCAUGAUGUUGAAUGCGCAUUUGGAGCACACGAUCAUGGAACUUCAGAGGUUUUUGAAGUGGAACCAAAGCGUUGUCCUGGUUUCACAUUCAGGAAAUCGAUAUUGAUAGGAAGAACUGAUCUAGUUACCAAGGAGGUCCAUGCAUUUAUGGAGAAAUUAGCUGAAGGGUACUGUGAAAACACUUACCAUCUUAUCACGAAAAACUGCAACCAUUUCUAAAAUGACGUGUGUACCAGAUUGACAGGAAAACCCAUUCCUAGGUGGGUCAACAGACUCGCCCGACUUGGUAAGAAACUGACCAUAAGAUUGCAUUUUUUUACAUUUCUAUUGCUGUUUUUAUGUAUGAACCAUUUACUUUCUUGUUAGAACAUUGUAUAAUGCUUUUUUUCCUUUUAAAUCUAGAACUUUAACAAUGUAGAUUUUCUGUUCACAAAGGUGGCAAAACACCACAUUUUUCACCAGAAUUGACGCCAUUGCUCAAACUCCACCUUUCUGCAACUGCCGUUAGUGCUGCAACUGCCAAGGUGGCAAAGUCAUUGAUGCAACGAUUGGAAUAGACCCUUUGAAGUAUUACUGCUGCUUGCAUAACAAAAGACCUUCAAAUUCAUAAACACAGCUUUCUUCCUUUUGAACGUGAACUUUUUUUGGAUGUGUA